UUAUUCCUUAAAAAAUAAAGCGCAAGAAGAAUCUCAUUGAGUCAAUAGAAGUUCAAUGGGUAGAAGGUUCCUUGGAGGGUUGCCAUAGUAAUAGAAUAAGUUAGUCCAGAUUGUGAAACCGACAUUUGGUUAGCAGAAAGUAAUCAUCGUCCGAUUCUAAUAGCUCCGACAAGUAAUGUGGGUAUGUCGCGACGGUACGUAGGUUUCGUAUAGGACGGAACCUUCUGCGCACAUGCAUGUUUGCCAAGUGUAUAAUUUGCGACACGCGACACAGUACACGCAUUGUAGAUAUGACGGCGAUUUUGUCCCACCCAGGAGACCAUAUAUCGCUACUAGGCAUCUUAUCCAUGUAAUGUACUGUAGAAUAUAAUGGGACAUCCGUAUAUCGCUUGUGCCAGGACUGCAAAAUUGUUUAGAAUCACUGUUGUGCAUGGCGCACGACGAAUAACCUUAAUAAGUAGAUUCGAGUACGUGGUGCGAAAACAGGAUCAGCAGAAAAUCUGUUUUGGUUCAGGAUGUCCACGAGACACGAGCAGUCGCAGGGGAAUGACGCCCUUUAUGCGUCAUUACGCCAAAGACGAAUAUGAGAAUAUUGCAGCUAACAAGUAUAACGUUUCUGAAUCUUACAAGACCAUAAAUACGAAGCCUUGUUCGAGAAGUAUUAGUAAACGCGGUUACAGCGGUAUUGCUCGAUUUGCUACUACCAUUCAGCAUACUGAAGAUUUUCCUGCACCAUGUGAUUAUGAUAUUAGUAGUUGUUCAAAAGUUAAAGAGCUCAAAUACCCAUUUGCAUCCACUGCUAAGAGAAAAACUUUUUUAACUAAUAAAAAUCCCGGGCCGGGUAUGUAUAUCAACUCAGGAAAACGAGUGAUCACUUUUGAUCACAGUUUUGGUGGAAAGAUGAAGAUGCGUCUAGGGGUCGAAUUAAAGUGUUGUAAAAGAAAUACGGACAUAUGUUAUAUUUGUGGAGAGAAACCCUUUGGUGACUAUUGGCAUUGUAACAAUAAAACAUUUCUCUGUAGAGGCUGCAUGGUAAAAGAAAGAUUGGAACAUACGAAAUUCACUCAACAAGAAUUAAAUAGCUUCUAUGUAAGAUUUGAAAGUUCUUGCGCAUUUUUGUUUAAAGUAUAUAUUAACAUAAUUCAGAGUGAAAUCUUUUGUUAUAAAUUACAGAAAUUAAGAGACUGCUCAGAUAUUCAUUCACAUGAAGGUACAGAUGCAAAAGUUUGGUUGGUUCAUCCAAAGACUGUAGAAAAAUGGACUCGCAAUGAAGCGUACCUUUCUGCGUAUUUAAAAGACUAAAAUUUGUUUCUUGUUCAGAAGAGUCACGUUGUCAAAUAUAAAUUCAGUGUUACCCGCGCACUGGCACCGUAUGUGUAUGUACAAUGUUGACGUUAUACGCGUACAGCGUUCUUUGUACU